AUGUUAGGAGCAAAGCCAAGAGUUCAUUUGCUUAUUUUGCCUUGUGCAUCUCAGCAGGUCUCUGCCAUGGCUGACAGGGGAGCAAGUAAUCACUCAGAAACGACUGACUUCAUUCUCAUAGGCUUCAGGGUCCGCCCAGAGAUACACAUUCUUCUCUUCCUGCUAUUUCUGCUUAUAUACUCCAUGGUCCUUCUAGGGAACGUUGGCAUGAUGACCAUUAUUAUGACUGAUCCUCGGCUGAACACACCGAUGUAUUUUUUCCUAGGUAAUCUCUCCUUCAUCGAUCUCUUCUAUUCGUCAGUUAUUGCACCCAAGGCUAUGAUCAACUUCUGGUCUAUGAGCAAGUCCAUCUCCUUUGCAGGUUGUGUGGCACAAUUCUUUCUCUUUGCCCUGUUCAUUGUCACUGAGGGUUUUCUCCUGGCAGCCAUGGCUUAUGACCGCUUCAUUGCCAUCUGCAACCCUCUCCUCUACUCUGUUCAGAUGUCAACACGUCUCUGCACUCAGUUGGUGGCUGGUUCCUAUUUUUGUGGCUGCAUCAGCUCAGUUCUUCAGACCAGCAUGACAUUUACUUUAUCCUUUUGUGCUUCUCGAGCUGUUGAUCACUUUUACUGUGAUACUCGUCCACUUCGGAGACUAUCUUGUUCAGACCUCUUUAUCCACAGAAUGAUAUCCUUUUCCUUAUCUUCUGUCAUUAUCUUGCCCACCAUCAUAGUCAUCAUUGUUUCUUACAUGUACAUUGUGUCCACAGUCCUCAAGAUACGUUCCACAGAGGGACGUAAGAAAGCCUUUUCAACUUGCAGUUCUCACCUGGGAGUAGUGAGUGUGCUGUAUGGUGCUGUCUUUUUUAUGUAUCUUACUCCUGACAGAUUUCCUGAACUGAGCAAAGUGGCCUCCUUGUGUUACUCUUUAGUCACUCCCAUGUUGAAUCCUUUGAUAUACUCUCUGAGGAACAAAGAUGUCAAAGAAGCCAUAAAAAAACUUCUAGAGAAGAAAAAUACUAUUCUGUGA